AUGAGUACAUCGUUAACGAGUCGUUUUUGGUUGUGUAUCGCCCGGUGCUCAAAGACGGAUGAUGAGGUUCGUGAUAUGUCGAAGACCCCCUAUGCUAGUGCAGUGGCGUGUUUGAUGUAUGCCAUUGUAUGUACAAGGCCGAGCCUGGCACAACCAGUCAGCAUGAGUGAUCCAUCAAUGGCAAGUUAUGUGGAUGCUAACUACAUAGGGGACUUGUAUAACAGGAAGUCUACCAUAGGGUACGUAUUCACCCUUUUCGAAGGACUUAUUUGUUGGAGGUUUAUGGUGCAGUCGCUCGUUGCUUUAUCUACUGCUGGAUCAGAGCAUAUGACAGUGGUUGAGGCUUCCAAGGAAGCAUUGUGGCUUACAUGA